UCACGCGUUAAACGCGUUUAACACUUCUCAACGCACAAAUCACCAAUCACCAACAGAGCACAUUUCUCAUAGAUCCACAUCAUUCGGGCACUAGUCUUUGGCAAGAAACGUCAGGAUGCCUGAUGAUUUGCCCCAUCAUCCUUCAUAUCUCCUGUUAUAGACGAUGUUUUUACUAUCAGUAAAAGAUGACGAAGAACUUGAAAUCGACAACAGAGCUUGGCUCUCUUCAGUCCACUGUUCCAGGUAUUCUCGAGGAGAAACGUCUCCAACGACGCCUAUUCAGAAUACCAGCCGAUCAACGCAAACUUCUUGAACAUCCACAAUCAUGGGCAGCAUUUCAAAGCAAUUGUACUAAGCCUUUUCUUAAUGUGCCGUGUCACGUUAUAGAAGGGUUGAAAGAAUGUCACGCCCGGCAAUUAGAAGAGGCGCAACCAGAAGGAGUAGAGGAAUCCAAGGACCUGAGUGAAUUGAGUGAAUCGUCAAAUUCUCCGCUCCAUCCACCUUCCGACGAUACCGAUCAAGAUGGAAAAGAAGAUAGCCCAGCUCCAAGUUUGCAGUCCCAACCCUUUGACGAUGAUUGGCCGCCAAGUCCGGAAAAGAACAAAUAUCCACCCCAGAGAGUUGAUAACAAAGAGACUCCGCUGCGAUUUGUUACACAACCACCUCCCGUAUCAUCUCCUCGGCUCACGGAGCCCACGGGGCUUGCGGGGCCUGCCUCAGUCAAACGAGAACCUGUGGUUUUUCCAUCAAGCAACCCAGAAGAGGAACCCCUAGAUGUUGAAGUACCAAUAUCCGUUCACAACAGCAUCCCACCUGUCAAUAAGUCAGCUGUUUCGACGUUUGCAACACCGCCCUCUGCCCAGAUUGUGCCAUGCACUCUCCCAUUGUCAGACCAAUCUUCCAAGCAGCAAGAGGUGGUACAAAAGCAACGGGUCUACAAACCGGUCCCUCCACUAUAUCGUCGGCCAGAGAAACAACCGACGUCAGCACAUCUUAACCACAACGCAGCACAACUAGGGCAUAUAGAUUCGCCCACUACUGAUAUUCAGAGCUCUUUGUCAACGACCAAUACAUCCUCCUCCAUAAUACCCUCAACCAUGCCAGGUGAAGCGUUAUCCAGGGGUAUGCCAGGUUGGACUGUUGACCCGGUCACUUCUCCAUCUAAGGAGUCUCAUAUCAGCCAUGAAGAACAUAACGUUCAAAAUUCUCCCGAAGCCCAAUGUCACUCGCCUGAAUACAAACCUCAGUCACCGGUACUAGGAUAUUCGCCAUCUGCUCUACCUACUUCACAGACCCGGCUUGAGGUCGAACCCUGUUUGGAUUCAGAUUCGCAACCACCAUUCGUCCGUUACACUGUAACGUAUCCAAAUUACAAUGGAACCAUUAGAGAUUUUGUAACGGCUUGCAUGUACAUCCAACUUCAACAACGAAGGAUACGAACUUCACUUUACGAUGACUUUAUCCGGGCUUGGCAUGAAGGAUAUGUGCCAUACGUUCGGGAUUGCGACGAUGCUGAUCCUCCUGUCAAGGCGUUGAACGCCCUCGAGUGGUAUAACGGAAUAGACGAUGACCCGCUAUUCACUUCACGAGUCAUUACAAAGCAGAAUCUUCAGUCGACACUUGAUCAUUAUCCAGAUGAGCUUCGUUCUGCUCAUAAUCUCUUAGGGUUGACACCCUCACAAGCCCAGGAAGUAACCAGCACUCCCGACGCUGCUCUACUUGUAGAUGGGCAUAAACCUGUCUCAAAGGACGAAGAUGACACUCUUAUGGAUGAGGAGUCGAGCAGUGCGAUACCUGCCGCCUCAAAACCGGCAGUUGAUAAAAAUGAUUUUGCAUAUUCAAAACCAACCGCGUCUAUGCAGCCACCUGCGGUGAGCCGUAAAGUCAUGCCACUCCACAAGUCUUUUGGCGAGAUCGAGAAAAGGCCGACCGGCACCAAAGUACUCGCGCGAUCCUUUUCCGACGUAACUCGCCAAAAGAGGAAAGCUAGCGAGGAGCUCAACAGCAAUGGACCGAAACGUCUCUCAGUUAACUCACUCCCACGUUCUGAAGCGGAAAGCAGUACAAGCUUCGACCCUGACAUCUCGAGACGUGAGAGACAAUCUUCUAUCGCACCUUCUAUCGCACCGAGUUCUACGGCGGGCAGUAGGAAGAGUAAGAAGAAAUAUAUGGACGAAGCAAGGAUUGCUAUGUCCAUAAACAGAUGGAAGAAGAAACGGGAGAAGGAAGAAAUUGCAAGCUCAGCCCCUGUGAGCAAUACCCCGACAUCUGCUCAGAGAGAAUGAGCAAUGAGCAAUGAGCACCAGUGUAAAGGAACGUGUAAACAGUCGGAUUGGUCUGCGGUGCUUUAGGAGGAACUAUUGCAUGUUAUACGGCUAAGAUACCCCUUGCUACUACUUUUGAUACUAAGACACUCAUGAACAAAGUUUUUGAUAAGAUUCUUGAUGCCA